CAUAAUCUUUAGAUAGGUUUGGGGCACUUGAACACCCCCUGCCCCCUGCAUAUUUGAAUGGUUAAGCGUCUUGCAGAAGGAAUUGAGUUGCGUCUUGCAGAAGGAAUUGAGUUUCUCGAACUUUUAUUGAAAUUGAACUGUUCAAGGGGGGAAAAAAGGCAAAACCCUUCCUAAACCCUAAUAAACAGAAUAGUCCUACUUCAUCACUUGGAGAGAAAACCUUCUCCUUCUUCUUCCAGAGAUGGCCGAAGCUUUACACGAGCGACAACACGAGACCUUACGCGGUUAUGAGCUCCGUCUUCUGCGCUGCACCCUCGGGGCUCCAUCGUCCCAACCACCGUCUUUGUCCGAUGCUUGUUGUCUUAAUGAUGAUAACAAUAUUAAAAAUCUCUACUUACUUAUCAAUAGGUUGCUCAAUUUAAUCGAGACUGGGAACUAUCUAGAAGCUCUCUCCUCUGAUGCAGCCAAGCUCGUCAUUCAUUUGCCGGAGCUUCCGGAGUCUUCUUCUGCCGACCAAGUUUACUCCAAGUUGGUCGAGGGCGUGCAGUGGUUUAUAAUGAGCGGUGGCGUUGAAGUUGAUGAUGGGGAAAGGGCUUGCAGAAUGAUUCUAGUCUUGUGUGUUGCCGUUGCUGCGUUUUUCUUUUUUACUCAGUGUAACAUCACCGGACCAAUUGAUGAAUUUCCUCGAUGUCCUCUGCGGAUUAAAGUACCUGAAGGUGGAAAAUUUGUGGAAUGGGAAAAUUGGGCGCGUGAUCAGCUUAUGUCAAGUGGUUGUCACUUGCUUGGAAAGUUCUACAAUCUUCAGUUUUUAGCUUUUGCUAAAAUGUUGGUCAUGAAGACAAAAGACUUGCUAUUUGAAGGAAGCAUGUCUUCUAUAUAUGGCAUUCGAAGCAUUUCAUGGUGGCUUGCCAGGGUCUUACUUGUUCAACAGAGAACUUUGGAUGAGUUAUCUUCAUCUUUGUUUGAUCUAUUGCAAGUAAAUAUGGGCGAAACUCUAAAUCAUUUUGGUGCUUUGGAGCAAAUAGCAAGUUACUGGGGUGUGAAGUUGCAUGACGAAGAAGCUUCUAGAAUAGUCUCAAUGCUACAUUUGGAAGCAGGAAUAAUAGAAUAUACCUAUGGGCGAACCGACUCAUGCAGAUUACAUUUUGGAUCAGCUGAAGCAUCAGUUGGGCUUCAGCUUUCUGUUACUGGGGUUCUUGGCUAUCAUACAAUGCAUCAGGCAGAGCCAAAGUUACAGAGGGUACUUCUUGUCAACAAAAAAGAAAGCUUAUCCGAUAGUGAUGAUGCUGUUACCUGCCCCCCAAUAAGUGCUGGCGCCCAGACAUAUGACUCUAUUAAUGAAGACACUUUGCAGCUGAACCACCAUGGAACUUCUGACAUUCUUAUGAUUCCAAAAUUGCUAGAGAAUGGUGAAGAAUCAGAAAUGAGUACCAAAAGUAAUCAAAAUAGCAGUCCAGGUGGUGCUGCCCCUUUAACAGCCAUCCAGCAGGCAGUGAUCUUGGCGCAGUGCCUUUUGAUUGAAAAGAGCAGUCGACAUGAUGAGUUGCAAAGAUGGGAUAUGGCUCCAUACAUAGAGGCAAUUGAUUCUCAAUCAUCGUCAUUAUUUAUUAUUCAAUGUUUUUGCAACUUCUUACGUAUCCGUUGGGAGUCAACUCGUAGCCGAACAAAGCAACGUGCAUUAACAAUGAUGCAAAAAUUGGUUGAGCGCAUUCAUAAUCCUUUUCCUCGAGUGGAGAAAAGGAUUCCCUUUUCAUUUGUAGCUUAUGUUCCUGCUAUUCCAACCCUACGGAAGGAAUAUGGUGAACUUUUAGUCAGCUGUGGUUUGAUGGGGGAGGCAAUUAAAAUCUUUGAGGAUUUAGAGUUGUGGGACAAUGUAAUAUAUUGCAACCGCAUAUUGGGUAAAAAAGCAGCAGCUGUUGAACUCAUCAAGAAACGACUGUCUGAAAUGCCCAAUGACCCAAGGCUUUGGUGUUCAUUGGGUGAUGUCACAAAUAACGAUAGUUGCUAUGAAAAAGCACUUGAAAUUUCGAAUAACAAAUCUGCACGAGCAAAGAGAUCUCUUGCUCGUAGUGCAUAUAACAGAGGUGAUUAUGAGACAUCUAAAAUCCUUUGGGAGUCUGCAAUGGCCUUGAAUUCUUUAUAUCCAGACGGUUGGUUUGCUCUUGGUGCUGCUGCCUUGAAAUCUAGGGAUAUUGACAAGGCUUUGGAUGGAUUUACUCGAGCUGUUCAACUUGAUCCUGAUAAUGGCGAGGCUUGGAAUAAUAUCGCUUGCUUGCAUAUGAUAAAGAAGAGAAGCAAUGAGGCUUUCAUUUCAUUUAAGGAAGCCCUCAAGUUCAAACCAGAUAGCUGGCAGUUGUGGGAAAACUACAGUCAUGUUGCAAUGGAUGUAGGCAAUGUUCGUCAGGCUCUGGAAGCUAUACAGAGAAUUUUGCAUCUAACCAGUUGUAGACAAGUUGAUACUGUAUUAUUGGAAAGAAUUAUGCAAGAAAUGGAAGGAAGAGCAUCAAGUAGAUCUUCUGUGUGCCUACCUGUGACUGAUGAUUAUAGCUCCACCAAUCAAACUUGUUUUGGUGCUUCCCAUAAUGCUGUACAUGAUUCAGAAAUACAAGCUCAAUGGUCAAGGGAAACUGAGCUGUUAGUGGAGUUGCUGGGUAAAAUACUUCAGCAGAUAAUUAAAAGUGAUACAAGAGCGGAUAUUUGGGGCUUAUAUGCAAGAUGGCACAAGAUCAAAGGAGAUCUUACAAUGUGCUCUGAAGCGCUCCUGAAGCAAGUCAGAUCGUAUCAGGGAUCUGAUUUAUGGAAAGAUAGAGAACGAUUUAAAAAGUUUGCACAUGCCUCAUUGGAACUAUGUAGAGUGUACAUGGAAAUAUCUUCUUCUACCGGCAGUCGUCGUGAACUCUUUACAGCUGAGAUGCACCUGAAAAACACAGUGAAACAGGCUGAGAGCUUUUCAAACACUGAAGAAUUCAGGGAUUUGCAAGCUUGUCUUGAAGAAGUGAAGAUGAAGCUUCAAUCAUAUUCUGUGACAACUUAAGAAACUUGCGAAACAAAAUCUUCUUGGAUGUGCCAUCUAUUUUUAGACAAAGGUUACAUCCAUUUGUAACAUUGCAGGGAAAUGCUCAAAUUUUGCCAGACCGAAAAUCAGGUUGCAACCUCAGAGCUAGGUUAGCAAACCACACUUGUAUAUUUCUCUCCUCCUAUGGGUUCGUACUGAUAUGAGAUUAGGGUUUUCUCUUCCUUUUUGUCUGUAACAUAUGUACCCUAAUGUUGUAUUUAUUUAUCUGUUUAUUAGUUAGAUAUUUAUCAUAAAAUCAAGUUCCUUAAUGUAUUUUUCAAGUAUUUGUUUAGCUUAGUCUCGUUGUAAAACAA